AUGGCCAAAAACCUGCAGUAUGGUUUCAAACUAAUGAAGUAUUACAAUGGGUGUCUGUUCCACAAGGUGGAGAAGGAUUUCCUGGCACAAUCUGGGGACCCUACUCGAACUGGCAGUGGUGGUGAUUCCGUGUACAAGUUCCUUUAUGGUGAUCAAGCUCGAUUUUUUAAUGAUGAAAUCCGUCCAGAAUUAAGGCAUUCAAAAACUUGUACUAUUGCUAUGGCAAGUGCUGGUGAGAAUUGCAAUGCCUCACAAUUCUACGUCACCUUGAGGGAUGAUGUCGACUACCUUGACGACAAGCACACGGUCUUUGGGACGGUUGCAGAAGGUCUUGCCACACUGACAAAGAUAAAUGAAGCUUAUGUUGAUGAUAAAGGAAGACCGUUUAAGGACAUAAGGAUUAAACAUACAUAUAUCUUGGAUGAUCCUUUUGACGAUCCUCCUCAGCUUGCUGAACUUAUUCCUGAGAAUUCUCCAUUAGGAAAGCCACGUGAUGAGGUAAAAGAGCGCCUAGAGGAUAGCUGGGUCCCUCUAGAUGAAACGGUGGAUCCUGGUCAGCUUGAAGAGUUGAUCCGCUCUAAGGAAGCACAUGUUAAUGAAGUGAUCCUUGAGAGCAAAGCUUGCGAGAUUGGAUCUAAGUACGCCAAGGUGGAAUCAGAAAAGAACCGACUUCAUCUGGAUUUGGAGGUGAAGACCAAUGACUUCGAGGCUUUGAAGAAGACCCUUGAAGAGAAGGACAAGGUCCUUGCAGAGCUUAAAGAAAGGUCUGAAGCUGCUGAUAAGAAACUCGCGGAAGUUGAAUUCUGCCCGGACUUCGAGAAGGAGACCUUCGAGGUGGAACCUUAUCUGGAUCCCAUCAAGACGCCUGUUCCGGACGCUAUGACUGAUCUGAAAGCUGUGAUGAGCCGCCUGGGUCAGAUCCCCGACAGGGUGCAUGCGUGGAAGAAGUCUGCCACGCGGUGCGGAGGUGAUGUCACCCUCCCACUCGCCAGAGUCCAUUGUAAGGAAGCAAGAGAAGACAAGUUAAAGGCACUACAGGUGGCGAAUAUGAAGAAGCUCCAGUUUGAAAAUUUUAUGGAGACCUUCAUCAAUGCAGUGACUCGCAUUGCUGAUGGAAUCGAUCUUGAUACCUUCGUCGAGCCGGCAAGUCCUCGGGAGCCUUGA